CAGCGGAGUCAUUGCAUUUUACUGAAAGAGAAACGACACGAAAAAAAAGUAUUUCAAAAAUAUUUCAUUAAGAGUGAAUGAGCGAGUGACGUCACACUUCAAAAUGUCGUUCUUUGGAGGCAAUCCGUUCGCGACGCCUGUGGGCCAGAAAAUCGAACAGGCCACAUCCGAGACACUCGCAUCCGAAGACUGGGGGCUGAACUUGGAGGUGUGCGACUUGAUAAAUGAGUCCGAGGAAGGUCCCAGGGAUGCUGUCAAGGCGAUCAGGAAGCGCCUUACUAGCCAGCCCAAGAACUAUAGUGUGGUUAUGUACACCCUGACAGUACUAGAGACAUGUGUCAAGAAUUGUGACAAGCGUUUCCAUGUCCUUGUCUGUAGCAAAGACUUUGUACAAGACCUGGUUAAACUUAUAGGUCCCAAGAACGAGCCACCACCAGCAGUCCAGGAGAAGGUCUUGUCGCUUAUCCAGUCUUGGGCUGAUGCUUUCCGUCACCAGCCUGAGCUUGCAGGAGUCAGUCAGGUGUAUGCUGACCUGAAGCACAAGGGUGUGGAGUUCCCCAUGACCAAUCUUGACACCAUGGCACCCAUCCUGACUCCACAGAGGACUGUAGCAGCUCCAGAACCUCGUCCUCCCCGUGUGCCCUCUGGAGUGCCCACUUCUCCUCGACGUCAAGCAGCCCACCAGCCUCCACCUCCUCAGGCUGCACCUGUCACCCUAACAGCAGAACAGCGAGCCAAGCUGCAUAGCGAACUAGAUGUUGUGGAGUCGAAUGCAAAAGUUUUAGCUGAGAUGCUGUCUGAACUUUCACCUGGCAAGGAGCACCAGGAUGAUGCUCAGUUGCUGCAGGAAUUACAUGCAACCUGUCGAGCAAUGCAGCAACGUGUGGUAGAACUUGUUGGUCGUGUGAAUGAUGACCUUCUCACAGCUGACCUGCUGCGUAUAAAUGACAACCUUAAUAAUCUUUUCCUGAGAUACGACCGCCACAUGAGCAAGGUGAAAGGCAUUAGCAGUCCCACGAGAUCCCCCCAGCAGGUCCCCCCCACACAGCAGCCCCCCCAGAUUCCACCCCCCCAGCGAGCUCCACAAGCAGAGGUGUCCUUGAUUGAUCUGGCUGAUGAACCUCCCUCGGCUCAGCUAGCUGGCCUUACUGUUGGAAGCUCUCCUAAAGUGAAGAAAAAUGAAGAUGCAGACUUUGAUAUGUUUGCACAGUCACGAACUGCAACUUAUGAAAAUGCAAAAGUCAGUGGCAGCAGCUAUCAAGAUAAUGCUGAUGUGGAUGUAAGCGGUGCCUCACUUGCUCGCACAGCACAGCUUAGACAUAAUCCGCAACAGAAAGACAGUGACUUUGACGCGAUAGAAGCCUGGCUAAAUGAAAAUCCUGGUGAGGGGCAAGCUGGUGCUGGGCCAAGACAGGAGCCUAUAUCGUCAUCAGAAUUUGACCGCUUCCUCGCUGAACGAGCAGCUGCAGCCGAUGCUUUGCCGACCAUCACUGCGGCCACUGGCUCCUCGGGUCAGCGGCAACGAACAAUGGCCCGCGAUGACAAGGAUAACCAGAUGUUUGCCCUUUAGUGUUAAAAGAUUUAUUCUCGGAGGAAGGUUGUCUUACUGGAGAAUUGAUCUCUUUGAUGAAUAAUGUCAGUCUGUGUGUGUGUGUGUGUAUGUAAAUAUAUAAUGUUAAUCAUUGCAAGGUAAUUUCAGUGUUGCGGUCACUGGAAAAUGAUAUAUAUACAGGACUUUGAUUCACUGGUAUGCCUUGUAUAGCAUAUUACCAGAUUCAGUUAUUUUCUCUUAUAUAAAAAUUUUAAUGCCAUGACUUGUACAAUAGUGUGUGCAACAGGAUUUUUAACUAUCUUGGUUAAUGUAAUUUUCAUGUGGUACAUUUGUCUUAUUAGAUGAAUUGGGAUAAUUGAAAUGGUUAUACUAUCCCUAAAUAUUUGUGAUAGUCAAAUCAUAGUUAUUUAUUUUUUAUAGAUGACUUAAUAUGAUUGCCCAAAGUGUUGACAGAAUCGUACUUACCAAAAUUGCACCAAAGUUUGUUUCGUCAGUAAGAAUAAGCCACCCUGGAAUAUUUAAUCAGGAGGAUAGACAUUUCAUAUUAAUUUCACAUUUCUCCUCAAACGGAAGUCUGUUUAAUCAAAUACUCACCAUUUUUAUUUUAUUCUCUCUCUCUCAGUCUCAGUCUCAGUCUCAGUCUCUCUCACUCUUGCUCUCAGUCUCAUUCACUCUCACUCUCACUCUCAGUCUCUCUCACUCUCAAUCUCACUCUCACUCUCACUCUCACUCUCACUCUGAGACACACACACACACACACACACACACACACACACACACACACACACACACACACACACACACACACACACACACACACACACACACACACACACACAUGCGCACAUACACAUAUACACAUACAUACACAUACACAUACACACACACAUACACAUACACAUACACAUACACAUACACAUACACAUACACAUACACACACACACAUACUGAUUUAUGUGAUAUCCAUUAAUGCAUUUCAAUAAGGAAGUGCUUUUUAGACACCUGCAUUCUUCUUAUAAAAUAGUAAGACCUUGUAAACAUUACCCUUAAAUUGGGCGGUAUUCCUCAUGAGAGAUUAAGAUCACUGUAUACAUAUUGUUUAUUGUUUAUGUUUUUUUUUUAUAUUACUGUCUUGUAAUUAAAACCUGCUUCAUCUAAAUAAUUCAAGAACCAUGCAAAUGAGACCCAGAAAAUCAAAACUAGACUUAAAUUGUAUUUCCCUGUACCAUUUGUUAGACUAUUUUGAUGAAGAUGAAGAGGAUGCUGAAAAGGACAGUGUUUGUGAAGUAAUGCAAAACACAGUUCAAGCUCUUCUUCAUAUUAAGACAUUGAAAUCGUACUGUUAUGGCCACUUGCUAAAGGACCAGACUACAAGAUCAUAAUAGAUUAUACCACCAGUGCUGUUCAUAGAUUUGGUAUUUUGUUUUGGAAUUGUUAAGAAGGGAUUUAACGAGGAGGUCCAUGCUUAAAGGAGUGCCUUGAUGGGAAGGGCACAAGGUGAAGUUGCAGAAAUUAAGAAGAAACAAGCAUCAUGCAGUUCUUUCAAAGUUAUCUUAGAGGAAAUAAGUUUUUGUAUGUAAUGGAAUAUAAAUGAAUUGUUUAAAAAAAUUAUAUUGAUAAAUUAUAUUUGAGUUUGCAAGUUUGAGGCAUUUCUCAGUCAUAUUGUUUACCAACUGCAUUCUGAUGUUUUUUUCCACAGAGACUUGGAGCUACAGUCACGUACCUUCUGCAUAGUAGAGCCAACCAUGAUUUGUAUAAAUGUGUUUGCUUCUUUUUUGGUAUAUUCAUAGAUCUAUAAAAAACUAUAUGGACACAAAUACAUACAUUCUUACUCAUGCACAGACACAUAUACAUACACAUACAUAGACAAACACUGCAUAAUAUAGCCUUUUUUUCCCCAAAGUGACCCAGAGUCUGAAUGUUGUAGUGUUUUUAGUAACCUAAAAUUGUGGGAUGGCAUUGAUCAUUAUAUAUAUUGUGUCCAAAGAGCAAACAUGAAAUAGAAAUAUUUGGAAAUACAUUAAGAAAAAAAAAUAUUAUGAUGUCUUUCAAUAGUUCACUGUGGAACCAGGAGCAAAGUCAAACAAAUCAUUUUGGAAAUUAAGCUUACAUACAUAUUUCUACUUCUAUAUGUACAUGUGAGUUUGGUACCUGUGUUUUUUCUAAGUCACAGCUAAUACCGCAUUGAUAUUCUUAUGGCUGGAUAUGGAAGGGAAAGUAUGGGACCCAUCAUCCUGUUAUGGUCCCUUUUUUUAGGAUCAUUAAGUUACAUAAUUUUUAUACUGUAAAAACUUGUUUUCAAGUACUGCAUGAGAAGAUUUUAAAAGCAGUAGAGUUGAUGCAUUGGAGAACUAGAUCUGCUGUAGAGGGAGGAUAUUCUUUUCUUUUCUUUCUUUUUAUUACAAGGAUACCAGAUGGUUCUUGAAAACAAUGUAUGAUUAUUAUUUUUAUAUUCAUUGGAAGUUACAUGUGCUUCCCAGGGCAACACAUCAUGCUUGGUGGUUGCCCCAAGUCGUGUGAUUUAGCUUGUAAUUGUUGAGGGUAUUGAUACGAAAAGAACUGUGGCAAAGUAAGCAUUAUGAAAUGCAUUCUUAAGAUUCAAGGUAAAUAAUGGCAUGCUUUUCACCAGUGGUAUUUCUGUGUACUGAGGACUUUGAACUGCACAUACUAGGAAAAAUCUUGAUAGCCAUGUACAGCACCGCUACAUUUCACCAGUGAAAAAGAAGUCCUCGUUAUUUAUUAUUGCCUUUAGUUGACUGGAAAUUCUCAGUGUGCAGCUGAGCAAACCUGUUUUUCUGUUAUAGAUUGUAGUGCUUCUCAUGGUAAACUUGUGUUUAAUUUUGUUUUGUUUGUGUGAUGGAAUUUAAUGUUAAUAUCCUCAUAGUCUGUUUAUCUUUAAAACACAUGAAAAUAAUGGGUAUUAUUUAUAGACAUGAAUGGUAACUGGGAUAAUAUAUUAUUGUUAUUUGAUAUACAGUUUGAAAUUCGCAAUUUUCAAUUAAAUAUGCUUUUGUAAAUGUAUAAAGGCAAGGUAAACCAUACUGUAAGACCAAUCUGUUUGAAAUAAAAGCACUUACAUUAAUACUGUAUGCCACUUACUGAAAGUAAAAAUGCUUUAAAUAUAUAAAAAAAAUAGCAAAAGACACGCAGAUACUCUUUAUUGAUGUUAUGUUCCCAGUAGGUACUGGUAACUCACUGCAGAUAUUGCAUUUGUAUUUGUGAAUUUGUGAAGGACAUGUUAAUAGGCUUACAUGUUGGCUAAUGUGAGCCAUUAACAAGAUAUUAAUGAUUUAACAUAUUGUAUAUCAUGCAGUACCAAAAAAUAAGGAAUUCACUUUUCUUUUUCUCAAUUUUGUACAUCCCUUUAAGAUAUUUGAUAUGUACACCACUUCAUACUGGAUAGGAAAAAAAAUAAAUAUGUCAACUUAAUAUGAUGUUUAACUUUUGUGCAUCAAAUGCUGUUAAUGUAAAUAUCUUUCCCAUCAUUAUUAUACAUUAUACCUCUGAC